AUUUCUUUAUUUGUUUCCUUUCUGUUCUGUAGAGAGAGAAGGCUUUCAUAAAGAGAGAGAGAGUGUGUUUGGAGUUUGUGAGAUCUGAUAGAAACCAACAAAAAUAAAAACAAAAAUAUUUGAAUAAUAGGAAGAAAGGAGUAAAAGGGUUGCUUUUGUUUUGGAGUUUAGUGAUUUUUAAAUUUGGGUUUUUGAAUGGUAAAAAAUUGUUGAUUGAUAGCUUAGCUUCUGCUUAAGUAUCUGAUCGGCGAUUAAUGUCUCUCUGUCUGUCUCUGCAUGGAAAUAUACUGUCACGUAGUUCAAAAAUUCUGCUUUUUUAAGAAGAAGAGAUUAGACUGAGCUGUUUCAAGCUCAAUAUAGGAAUUGGGUUCCCUUUGAAUUUGAUAAAAGGAAUUGGAAAUUCUUCUUUUCAGGAAAUUAUUUAAUGUUCUCUUUUUCUUCCUUCUUUUUAUGUUUGAGUAAAUGGUGAAUCUUUGAAUUUGAUUCAUCAUAAAGGAGAUUGCAGUGGGCAGAGGGUUUGGAAAGUUCUCCAUUUUUGGAAGUAACAGAGCAGAGUAAAACAGAGAGAAACAGUUUCUUCUUGUUUGCUUAGUUUAUUUUGUUCAGUAGUUCUCUCCGCCACCACAACCACCACUACAACCAUCACCACCUCAACUCCGCUGCAAUGAAAGAGUUGGAUAAGGGCUUGGAUCCGCAGUUAUGGCACGCCUGCGCCGGAAGUAUGGUACAGAUCCCUCCUAUUAACUCCAAAGUCUUCUACUUCCCACAAGGCCACGCCGAGCACUCUCAAUCGCCUGUGGAUUUCUCCUCCUCCCCGCGAAUUCAUGCUCUGAUCCUUUGCCGUGUCGCCGCCGUCAAAUAUCUAGCCGAUUCAGAAACCGAUGAAGUGUACGCGAAGAUUAGCUUAUUCCCAUUACCAAACAACGAGCUUAAUUUUGGAGAAGAAAUGGGUAUUUGCGAUAAUAAUAAUGGCAAUAACACAGAAAAGCCAGCUUCUUUUGCAAAAACAUUAACUCAAUCAGAUGCUAACAAUGGUGGAGGUUUCUCUGUUCCACGAUACUGUGCAGAAACGAUAUUUCCUCGGUUAGAUUAUUCCGCGGAUCCGCCAGUGCAAACAGUGGUUGCUAAAGAUGUGCACGGCGAGGUAUGGAAGUUCAGGCAUAUUUAUAGGGGAACACCAAGAAGGCAUUUAUUGACUACUGGAUGGAGUACUUUUGUUAAUCAAAAGAAAUUAGUUGCUGGAGAUUCAAUUGUAUUUUUAAGAGCAGAAAGCGGCGAUCUUUGCCUCGGAAUCCGCCGUGCAAAGCGUGGAACUGGUGGAAAUGGGCUUGAUUCAUCGCCGCCGUCCGGUUGGACUAGUACUACCAACGGUAGUUGCAUAAACCCAUAUGGUGGGUUUUCUCUGUUCUUAAAAGAAGAUGAGAAUAAAAGAAAUGUAGGAGGAUUGUUGAGAGGGAGAGGGAGAGUUAGGGCUGAAGAGGUAUUAGAGGCGGCGGCGCUUGCGGCCAACGGACAGCCGUUUGAGGCGGUUUAUUAUCCAAGAGCAAGUACGCCUGAGUUUUGUGUUAAGGCAUCUUCAGUUAGGGCUGCAAUGAGAAUUCAGUGGUGUUGUGGUAUGAGGUUUAAGAUGGCGUUUGAAACAGAGGAUUCUUCAAGGAUUAGUUGGUUUAUGGGAACUGUUGCAUCUGUUCAAGUUGCUGAUCCCAUUCGCUGGCCUAAUUCUCCUUGGCGGCUUCUUCAGGUGACAUGGGAUGAACCAGAUUUACUACAAAAUGUAAAACGCGUCAGCCCUUGGUUGGUUGAAUUGGUUUCAAAUAUGCCAGUAAUCCACCUAUCACCCUUUUCACCGCCAAGAAAGAAGUUGCGGGUCCCGCAACACUUCGACUUUCCCCUUGACGGCCAAUUACAAUGGCAGUCAUUUUCAGGCAACCCCCUUGGGCCUAGCAGCCCCUUGUGUUGUCUAUCUGAUAACACUCCUGCAGGCAUACAGGGAGCCAGGCAUGCUCAAUUUGGAAUAUCUUUAUCAGAUCUCCAACUUAACAACAAACUGCAGUCAGGGAUGUUUUUAUCCAGUCUCCAGCGGUUCAAUUCACAUUCUAGAAUUUCUGAAAGUUUCGUGAAAGGCCAAACUAACAGCAAUGAGAAUAUAUCUUGCUUGUUGACAAUGGGGAACUCUAACACAAAUUCAGAUAAAUCAGAUAAUGUGAAGAGGCACCAAUUUCUACUCUUUGGUCAACCGAUACUCACUGAGCAGCAGAUUUCUUGUAGCUGUUCCACUGAUGCAGUAUCACAAGUUAUUACUGGGAAAACUUAUUCUGAUGAGAGUCCAGAAAAGGCAAAAAUUCAUGAUGUUUUAGGAUCUGCACCAGAGAAACAAACUUCACCGGAAAAAACGGCCAGUACUGGGUUCUCAUGGCAGAGUUCUACUGAAACUGGCUUAGAUGCUGGUCACUGCAAGGUUUUCUUGGAAUCAGAGGAUGUGGGUCGGACCCUUGACCUAUCUGUUCUCAGUUCCUAUGAAGAGCUGCACAGUAAGCUGGCUAACAUGUUUGGAAUAGAAAGAUCAGAGAUGUUGAGCCAUGUGCUCUACCGAGAUGCAAAAGGUGCUGUUAAACAGACUGGAGAAGAACCAUUCAGUGUCUUCACAAAAACUGCAAGAAGAUUGACAAUUCUGAUGAAUCCAGCUGGCAGUGACAACAAUGGAAGGCCAUGGGUCACUGGGAUGCGAAGGGCCGAAAAUGGUCUAGAGGCUUCAAAUAAGACUGGUCCCUUGAGCAUAUUUGCAUAGUAUAAUGUGGGAUAUGAAAGUAGAUGCUAAAGAGCAUAAGUGACUGUUGGAAGAGUUUUCUGUUGUUGGAUGUUAUAUAGUUAGGAGAAGCAGUAUACAAACUCCAAUCCAUUAUCAAAAGCUAGUCUUUAAAUGUUUUCUUAUUUAGUAUGUAUGUUCUGAAUAUUUCUGGCUGAUAAAUCUUAUGGUGAAGUUUUUAUUCUGAUUGCAUAAAUGGAUGUUUAUGUUGUGUUUCUAUA